AAUUAAACGGUUGUUUACGUCAGCGCUCAACUUGCUGCUUUUACACUUUUGCAGAUAACACGAAACAGACUAGACUAAUCGAUCUUUAAUUUCUUUGUGUUUAUUUCUAAAUUCUAAUUCAUUUGAAAAUAAAAAUAAAUCAAUUAUUUAAUGGAGAAUAAACCUAAAUAUCCAACUUACGUGGUCCUUGGAUCUGGUGGCCAUACCGCAGAGAUGUGUGAAAUUAUCAAAGCUCUCUUCGAUGAUCUUCCCCAAAAUCCAGAUUGUUACUUCGUCGUAGCCAAAACUGAUACAACAAGUCGCAGACAAAUCGAAGAAACCUUAGACACGAAAAUCAAGCCACAAUUUGUUGAAAUUCCAAGAAGUCGUCAAGUUAAUCAAAGCUAUUUUACAUCAAUCUUCACAACUCUAUGGGCAUUGCUUUAUUCUUUCUACAUUUUACAACGUGAUCAACCAAGAAUGGUGCUUUGUAACGGACCAGGAACAUGUGUUCCUAUUUGCUUGGUUGCAGCUUUAUAUCGUUUUCUUCAUAUCAUGCACAAGGAUACGAAAAUUGUCUUUGUUGAGAGUUUUUGUCGCGUGAAGACAUUAUCAUUGACUGGGAAGAUUCUACUUCCAAUUACGGAUACUUUUGUUGUUCAAUGGGAACCACUUGCUAGGAAUAGAAAAAAUAUUAAGUACUUUGGUCAACUUGUUUGACAUUAUAAUAGAACUUUUACCGCUAUUUUACAUACUAACCUAUAGAUUAUAAGAACAUUAAAAUACAUUUUGGAGAAAAUAACA